AUGCACAAUAAGGUGAAGUGCAAUAAAACAAGCAUCGGUCACCUCCCCUCCACCCUCCCUCCCACCUGCGACUUGGAGAUCCAGAAGGACAUGCAGACCUACUCUGGGCAGAUGUUGAAAUCGAUGGACCUACAGACCAAUGCUUGUGUCUGUCACCAGAUCAGUUCUGAACAUAUCUGAGAAGCUCUGCAGAAUGUACAUGUGGAUGUGGCCUUCAGGUACCGUGGCUGUGAUCUGGUCAUCUCUGAGUGUCUGGAAAACUGCUGCAUGUUGGACCUGGGUAGUGGCAGUGGCAGAGAUUGCUGUGCACAGCUGGCUGGUGAGAAGGGGCAUGCCAGUGGAAUACACAUGACAGACAGGCAGGUGGAAGUGCCCAAAAAGUACAUUGACUUCAUUCACAUGGGAAAGCAUGGCUUCCACUCACCCAGUGUGACUUUUAUUCACGGCUACAUAGAGAAGCUGGGAGAGGCUAGAAUCAAGAAUGAGAUUAUGAUAUUGUCCAAUUGUGUGAUUAAUCUUGUGCCUGAUAAACUCGUGCUGCAGGAGGCAUAUCGAGUGCUAAAGCAUGGUGGGGAGCUAUAUUUCAGUGACGUCUAUGCUAGCCUUGAACUGCCAGAAAAAAUCAGGACUCACAAAAUUUUAUGGGACAACGGAGAAGGUGAUGUUGUGGAAGGAGAUGAAGAAGCAGCAGCUCUCUUGAAAUUUGCCCAAGAUUUUCUAAUCAGCCCAAUAGAGAGGUCUCCAACAUCUGAAAGGUGUUCUGCUUUUGAAUCAAAGGUUUGCUAA